GAGUGUGCAGUUUUUAGUUGUUUUUUUUACGUGUCGCAAGUUGCCAUGUGUUGUGGAUUCACAUCCCGUGUCCACGUACAUAAUGUGUUGAGUGCACCAUAUAAAUCGGAUGAUGUUUGUCAUACAACUCGUACUCAAUGUUGCCAGGAGGCCAAAUAUUACAACGGUACACACUCCCGGACAGUAGGUGGCGGUAUGCACCUGAAGUUGUCAGUGAUCUUGCUCAACUCGCUGGGCCCUGAUCUCGUUUGUGUCUGGUGCUAAUUUUGUAGUUCUCGUGAUGAGCUGUUGUUUUUGUACAAGUAGAUUUGUGGAAGAACACGUGUUUCCAGAGCUCACGUUCAGUCGGCGUAUGUUUGACGUUGUAGCUUGAACGCGGCAUCAGUCAACGUGGAGUCACUGUGGCCUAUGCGGAAGUGAAGGUAGUCAGUCCCCUGCUUUUGCCUUUGCGUUGAGCCCAGAGGACACGUUGGCUAGCUCACAGAAACACCUGCGCUCCUCCUCUCUCCGCCGGGAUGCUCCUCGUCGUGCUGCUGUGCAGCCUGGCUCUGUGCGCCGAGGGGCGGCGGGUGGACGACGACUGGGUCGACCCCUACGACAUGAUCAACUACGACGCGAGCACCAAGACGAUGAGGAAGCCCGCCGAGCCUGCUCACUAUGACAAUGUGGCGACCAAGAGAAGAGAGCACACCCAGGAAUCCAGCCAGGGCGAGCCGGCGCUGUGCAGCAGCCAAGUAGUGGAUCUGCAGAAAACGAUUGAAGAACAAAAGAAGAAGGUCUCCCUCCUCUCGAAGCAGCCUACAUGCAACCCAGUGUUCAAGAGAUACCUUAGCAGGCUCCUGAAGGAAAUACAAAGAGUUGGUUUGCCCAGUGACUCCUCAGACGCCGUCUAUGAUGCCAAAGUCAGAAUUUCUAAACAAGCGGUGACGGAGAUCAAGACCCUUCUGGAUGGUGAAGACAACUGGAGAACUGGGGCCCUCGACAAUGCCAUCAGUCAGAUACUAGUGGAUCUUAAGCCGCAUGACUACGCGGCCUGGAAGUGGCGUUUUGAGGACACGUUUGGUGUGGAGCUUGACACACUAUUAAAAAUGGGUCUGUUUGUUCUGGUUCUAGUGGCCAUCAUCUGCACUCAGCUGUGGUCAACUGUGUCCUGGUUCGUGCAGUUUAGGAGACUAUUUGCUGUCUGCUUCUUCGUCAGUAUUGUCUGGAACUGGUUUUAUCUGUACAAGAUUGCCUUUGCUGAGCACCAGAACAACAUGGUCAAGAUGGACAUUGACAAUGGAAAAUGCACAGGUGUGAAGAAAAUUGACUGGAGUGAUAGUCUAAAAGAGUGGUUCAGAAGCACCUGGACUCUUCAGGAUGACCCCUGUAAGAGAUACUAUGAGGUCCUCAUGGUCAACCCCAUUCUGCUGGUCCCUCCAACCAAGAUUCCAGUUCUUCUCACAAUUGUGCUCUCCAUUCUGGUAUUCAUGUAUGGCAGCGUGCAGGCAGCCUUCCAGUAUGGCAUCACUGCACCUCUCCGCCGCCCUCGAAGGGAUCCAUCACCUCCGCGGCUCCAGCAACCACAGCCUCACAUCCCGGGGAUCGAGGGUAUUGACCACUUAGCAGGAGGUGAUGCACAACAGCAAGUUCCAAGGCGGCAAGCCAAUGACGGCAGGGUGCACAGGAAUCACGUUCAACAGCGGCAUGCUAACAGACCCAGGGAGGAGCAGGCCCCGGUGGCUGUGGAGACUCUGCUAGCUGCUGGCUCUGUCCACAGUGAGGAUGAAACGGAUGCUGAGUGGCAGGAGGGAACGACUGAGGCAGAGCAGAAUCUCUCUGUGGACUCAGAUUCAGGAGACGAGCAAGAGGCACAAGAGGAGCCAGCAGGAGCGAAGGCCAGCAGUGUUGCUGCUAACACAGCCCAAGCAAAACCUAAACCCAGGCGGUCAGAUUCAUCUCAAUCAAAAACUGUGAAAGUGAGUGAGAAUCGUUCCCGGGAUGAAUCCAGCAGAGACAAUGCAGCACUCAGAUCUCUGCCAGCACAAACUGAUAUCAAGGACUUCUCAGCUGGAGACGGGACCUCCUCUGUCUCUGUGACACACGUUGAAACUAUCGGAGUUCCAGUGCAGGAGUCGUGCCCAGCAGCAACGGAGUAGACAUCUAAUCGCUCGAAGCAGCAAGAUUUGCUUCAUUUGUGUCUGGCGACAUAUCCGAAAAAAUGCAUCAAUAGCAUUUUAAAGGCAGGCCAAUGUGGAACCACCUUGGUAGCGAUCAACCUAAUGUGCCUUUCCUUGAGAUGAGGCACCAACUCUGUUAUUGAUCAUGAUGAGCAGAUUUUCCUUCCUCAGUCAGUGUUGUGUCUCAUCCACGGGCAGGAAUCGUAGUCUUACACUACAAGAUCUCCCUAGUUUCAAUGUAAUGAUUACAAAAGACCGGGCAGUACGGCGAACAGAUGUAAACUUGGGUUUUUGUAAUUUAAAAGGAAAAACACAUCUUUGCUGAUUUUUACAAUAUUAUAUUUCUUUUGUAAUUGAUUGUUUGUCUUCAUACUGAUGCUGCUGAAGUAUGGUUCUUGGAGUAGCAGGGACACCUACUCUAAUAUUGUAACAGAAGCUGCUUGUGUAAAGCAUUGACUGUAUGUAAAAGAUUGGACAAAGUGCACUAAGAAUUACGCCUAAAUAUCCGGGAUACAGCUGCUGCUCAGAGUCUGCGCACUACUGAUUGAGGAGUGGAGCCGUGGUAUCGAGGUCCCACUGAUACAUACGUUUGACCAAACUGUGAGUCAGUCUCAGUUGUCAGUCAUGACGUUUCACCCACCAGUGUGAUUAGAACUACUUAAAUGUUAGAAACCAUCUUUGGGAAAUUUUUAUUGAACGUGUAAUUUGACUUUCUUGUUUGGUACAUGUCCCAUCCGCUAACAUGAUUUAUCAAAUAUACUGCAGCAAGCCACCAGGGGCGAUCCAGAUGAUUUGGCUUUAGUUCUUUUUUUGGUGCUUUUUUGGAACCAUCUUCAUAUUCAGGCUAUUGUACGACCCGGGAAACUGCAGGGUUGUAAGAGGCUCCAGCUUGACGGGCACUGCAGCAGUAUGAAUUUAUUUUAUGUUACAUUCUAAUUAGCUAGCAAUCCCUUAUUCAAGUUAUUAAAGUUGUAUUAAGAAUAAGACAUGAGAAACAUUGCAGCAGUGAUCAUUGGAGGUAAAUUAUGUUUCAAAUCAAGUAUUUCAUGUCCACAUCCAUGAGAAAUAUAGUUUUGUAAGGACAUCUUGUAAAUCUCCCUCUGAGCUCAAAUCUCUGAGUGUAUGAAUCUGUUUUAUGUUCUCCUUGUGUCAGCAUGGGUUUUCUCUUGGUACUCCGGCUUCGUCCCGCAGUCCAAAAACAUUCAGCUUCGAUUAAUUGCCCGAACCUACUUUGUAGGUGAUGUGGAAGAGAUUCUGUAAUUGCCAAAAUAGUUGGUAUUCACCUCAAUAUUAAUGACUGCAUGUAAACCAAAUCUCAUUUUUGAUCUAAGGCACAGGCAGUUGGGCUGUUAAACUCUUCACUGCUUAGAAGAAAAGAAGCUGCAGCCUAAAGGGAAGAGGUUCACGUCUAAGGUGCACGUCUUUGACAAGUGAAGAAAAGAACAAUGAAAUGCAUUCGCCCUCGAUGCCUAUAUACAGGAACUGACCAUAGAUAAAUACCGCUUUCAUUUAUUUCUCUUGCACUACUUUCACUGUUUAACCUGAGUUGGCUGGAUAUAUUUGUCCAAGAUAAAAACAAAUGACUCCUGCUCAA